AUGUCAAUUUAUUUCAAAAGUUGUUGUCUGAGCUGUGGCAACACUAACCCUGAUCACAUCGUAAAUGAAAAGAAAAUUUUCAGAAACUGGAUCAUCAUCGCGAAGGUCAUCAAGGUUGCAAUAUGCGGAAAGAUGUCAUUGUAUCCCAAAGCACGCAGUGGACCACCUUCCUACGCCAAAAUAUGGCAACUCACGAACUGCACUCCUGGGCUGAUCACAUUUGGUGUCACAUCAACUAUAUUUAUCCUAUCCCCAGAUCAGGAGUUUUCAGGCAAUGGUGUUGGUGCUAUUUCCUCAAUCGCCUAUCACUCUAUCUUUCAGACAGUCAAGAAGUUCUUCGUCGUCAAGUGGACCCACCAGCACAUCAAAUCCAUCAUCGACCAAAUCAACAGGUACAUCUUCGAUGGUUUUGUGAAGAUGCAGCCAUCCGAUGAUGCUUCAUGCACCAUGGAGGAUGUCACUGAAUCACUCGAUCGCAUUAUGGCGGCACUUGACGCCAGUGAUUCAGACUCGGAAUCAUUGGAAUAUGUCGACCUUCCAGUCCACGCUAAUGAAGAUACGCACCGUUCUGCUGCAACCUCUGGACCUACCAGUGUGGUAGCCAUGCCCACCAACACCAACACUCUUCAACUAGAGGUUGCGGUGUGGGAGAAAUCGUAG